UUUCUGAUCUCCAUCUUCUUCGUUCAAAUAUUCAAAACCCUAAAAUCACAUGAACAGAUCAUAUCAAAUUCUUCAAAUUACCGAUAACAAUGUCUAAUCAAUGCUCUAAUUUAUUUGAGUAUCGAUCUUUCUCUCUCUUUACUCCGUUCUACACACCCCUAAAACCCUACCCUACCAUUCUUCGUCCAAUUUUUCCAUUUCAUAAUAGUCUCAUACUAAACAGUAGGAGAUCAAGAAGCAGAACGUCAUAUGUUCCACUUGCUGCUCAAUCUUCGUCGGAUAUAGUUCUCAUUGCAACCACAGAACGCCAAGAUGGCAGUUUUGUAUUCCGUUUUGGGGAUGCUUGUGAGGUGGUGGAAGAAAUAGAGAGUCAGGCUGAACCUGAAAGUAAUGCUGUGACCAUAUUAGAUGGAGAUCAGGAGAGACAAGUUCUCACAGAGACUAUUGAAGGAGGAUAUGGAAAUGAUGGUGGGACACUUACUGAGGUAGAUGAUGGAAUUAGGAAUGCCGAUAUUGAUAGUGACUUUGCUGAAACGGAUACUAAAGUCAUUAGUGAUUUCAGAGAUUAUCAUGCUGAAUUGAGCGAGACAUUAUCAGAUAUUUCCGAGGAAGAAGUGCUUUCAUUGCAAUCUGAUGCUCAAAUGAAUAAUUCUCUUGAAGGUGUUGAGAGCACGCUCAAUAAUAAAACAGAAUGUGCUGCUCAGCUUGAUGGGGGUGAGAGUUUAAACCCAACUAUAUCUCUUCUUGAUAACAGUCCAAACAGAGACAAGAGUGCAGAUCCUGAGGGAUUCAUUUUAAAGGAUAGUGAUGAUGAAAUUGAGGAUCCAUCAGUUUCUGUUAAGCUUGAAAGUAUGCAAGUUUCACAUAUUGAAGUCAUGGAUGUUAAAAAAUCUCAUGCCAAGGAUGAGCUGCACAAGGUUAAAAGGGAAGAUACUAGCGAGAGUGAUACAAAAGAUGUAACGCCUCCUGCAACCAUGCGUAUUUCAGAUGUUGAACUGACAGAUGCUGCAAAGGAGGAUGCAGAGGAAGGGUUACAAGAUAUGAAAAUUAAUGAGGGCACUCUCAUAGAUGAGAUGCCACCAUCUAAUCUAGGAGGCGAACCAACUUUAGAUGAGGUAAGCCAGCUCCAAUUUGGACAUGUCGAGGUUGAGGCAAUCAUGAAAGUUUCAAGUACUAAAGCCAUGGAUGUUGAGGAUGAUCAAGCUAUGGAAGAUAAGUUGCAACAAAUGAGCACCAAUAAGAGGGAUGAGAUUGAUGUUGCAUAUGAGAUGCCUAUUUCCUACAUUGAAGAGGCAGAACCACUUCUAGAAGAGGAGGUAAGCCAGUCCCAACCAACCCCUGUGGAGCUCAAGCCUACCAUGCAAGUUUCAGAUAUUGAAAUUCAGGAUACUGUGAAUCUGGAUGAUGGAAAUUUACAAGUUAUUGAUGAAACUGAGGCUCCAUCAAUUUAUGAAGAUGUGGAGAAAUGGUCACAAGAUAUGAGCAUUAAUGAGGGCAAGCUCAUAGAUUGGAUGCCACCAUCUGAUCUAUUAGGAGCUGAAUCAACUUUAGAUGAGGUAAGCCAACUCCAAUCUGCCCCUGUCAAGCUUGAGGCAACCAUGGAAGUUUCAAGUACGAAAGGCAUAGAGGUUGAGGAUCGGUCUGUGGAAGAUGAGUUUCAACAAGGGAGCACCAAUAGCAAUGAUGAGAAUGAUGUUGCAUUUGCGAUGCCUGCAGAACCAGUUCUAGAAGAGGAGGUAAGCCAACUCCAAUCUGCCCCUGUCAAACUUGAGGCAACCAUGGAAGUUUCAAGUACGAAAGGCAUAGAGGUUGAGGAUCGGUCUGUGGAAGAUGAGUUUCAACAAGGGAGCACCAAUAACAAUGAUGAGAAUGAUGUUGCAUUUGCGAUGCCUGCAGAACCAAUUCUAGAAGAGGAGGUAAGCCAACUUCAAUAUGCCCCUGUCAAGCCUGAGGCAACCAUGGAAGUUUCAACUACUAAAGGCAUGGAUAUUGAGGAUCAUGCUGUGGAAGGUGAGUUGCAACAAGCGAGCACCAGUAAUAAUGAUGAGAAUGAUGUUGCAUAUGUGUCACCUGUAGAACCAAUUCUAGUAGAGGAAGUAAGCCAACUCCAAUCUGCCCCUGUAAUGCUUGAGGCAACCAUGGAAGUUUCAACUACUAAAGGCAUGGAUAUUGAGGAUCAGGCUGUGGAAGAUGAGUUGCAACAAGCGAGCACCAGUAACAAUGAUGAAAAUGAUGUUGCAUAUGGGUCGCCUGUAGAACCAAUUCUAGUAGAGGAGCAAUCUGCCCCUGUAAUGCUUGAGGCAACCAUGGAAGUUUCAGCUACUAAAGGCAUGGAUGUCGAGGAUCAGGCUGUGGAAGAUGAGUUGCAACAAGCGAGCACCAAUAACAAUGAUGAGAAUGAUGUUGCAUAUGUAUCACAAGCAGAACCAAUUCUAGAAGAGGAGGUAAGCCAACUACAAUAUGCUCCUGUCAAGCUUGAGGUAACCAUGGAAGUUUCAACUACUAAAGGCUUGGAUGUUGAGGAUCAAGCUGUGAAAGAUGACUUGCAACAAGGGAGCACCAAUAACAACGAUGAGAAUGAUGUUGGAUAUGUGAUGCCUGCAGAACAAAUUCUAGAAGAGAAGGUAAGCCAAAUCCAAUCAACCCCUCUUGAGAUCAAGCCUACAACGCAAGUUUCAGAUAUUGAAGUUCAAGAUACUAUAGGUCAGAAUCUAGAUGAUGGGAUUGUACAAGUCAUCGAUGAGGAUGCGAGUAAGAGUUGCAUCAAGAAUGUUGAGCGGUCAUCCUAUCAAUUAGAGACUCAACCAGUUCAAGAUGAGGGAGUAAAUCACAACAUGUUGGAACAAUGUGCUGAAACCGAUCCACUUGGAAGCUCAAUUCUGCUUAAACAAGGUACCUGUAGCUCACUACUGGAAGCAGAAAGAAUUGAGGACAUGGUAAGUAGCAGUGAACUUGUUGAAGCAUCAGAAGAUAGUGCAACAGUGUUAGCCACUGAAGCCAAAGUGAUAAGCAGGGAGGAGAUUUAUCUCACAGGCUAUUUCCUGUCUUCUGGUGCAGCUUUGUUGGAGCAUCCAUCUAAGGCAUUGACAGGUGGAGAUGAUGCCUAUUUUGUGGCUGGCAGCAAAUGGCUAGGGAUGGCUAAUGGAGUUAGUCAAUGGUCGUUUGAAGGCACUGAUCCAGGAAUUUAUGCCCAAGAGCUCAUGAGGACUUGUGAAGAGAUUGUCUUGGAUACCAGCAGAGCUCCAAUAAGUAACCCUGCUGAACUUCUUUGUAGAGGUGUCAAAGAAACAAAUAUGUCAGGUUCAUCAAGCGUUUUAAUUGCGAACUUUGAUGAUCAGGCUCUUCAUGUGGCUAAUAUUGGAGACACGGGAUUUUUAAUUAUAAGACAUGGUGCUAUUUAUAAGAAGUCUUCUCCAUUGCUUCACGAGUUCCACUUUUCAUUGCAAGUUGAUGAAUGUGAUGAUCCCUUGCAACUUGUGGAGGAACACACAAUUGAACUAGAUGAGGGUGACAUAAUUGUAUCUGCCACGGAUGGACUAUUUGACAAUCUAUAUGAGCGAGAAAUAGCUAUGAUCGUCUCAAAGUCAUUGCAAGCUGGGAUGAAACCUGAGGAAAUUGCUAAUGCAUUGGCGACAAGAGCACAAGAAGUUGGGAGGUCUGCAUUUGUAAGAAGUCCAUUCUCGGAUGCUGCUCAGGCAGCUGGAUACACAGGAUGUGCAGGUGGCAAGCCUGACAAUGUUGCAGUGAUCAUAUCUUUGGUGGAAAAGAGAUCCAACCUUCUUGCACCAUCAGAUUCUCUUAUUUCUACUUCGUAAAUACAGUUAAUAAGACAAUAAAAGGAUGUGCAGAAGAGGAGCCUAUGACCACACUCAUGGUAAUUCACAAGUCCAAUACCUUUUGUUGUUUUUCAUUCACUAUCAUUUUUGGUGGGGAAGAUUUCAUGCCAAAAAUUUGAACACCCAUGAUGAGGUUACUUGUGUAUAUAUCACAUGAUCAACAACACUGGUUAUCGGUAGCAACUUGGCGAUUGCAUGUUUAUACUCCGUAAAUGAAAGAACUUUUAAGUGGUUUUAAAUAAAAUGGCGACAU